AGUAUUUCCUUCUCUACAAUUACUAAAGCAGACGGUAGCUCUGAGACAAAGCGUGUUGAACGAAAUUCUAAUGGAGACGAAGAAAUUACGGUAACUCAGUCUUUCGGAGAUCAGUCCUAUACAUAUAAGAAACGUAUCAAGGCUGAUGGAAGCUCAGAAAUUAACGAAGAUUUUGUUAAUGUUGAUCAAGACAAAAUGAGUGAGAUUCGAUCAAAGUUU